GAAAAGGAAAGGGUUUCCUCUCGCGAGAGCACGCGCGUGAUUACGCACUCUGAGUGAAGCGGAGACGUUGCGGCCCUUUGAACUCGUCGUCGCUGCGCGCUCGGUUUGUUGUGUGAGAAGCUGAGAGAUCGGAGCUCUGAACAUGGCUGACAUCGACCAGCAGGAUUCCCAGGACGCACUGCACACCAGCAGCGACAACAACAGCGUCAACGACGACCAGGGAGACGAGAGCGCGGGAGAGGAGGCCCCCACCAACGGCGUCAAGAAGUAGGUGCUCCGGCCUCUCAGCAAAUGGCCGGCCCGAGGCGGGAGAGGAGAGAGCCCGGGCCAGCGGUGACCGGCUGCCGAGAGGGAGAACAAUGGCGGCUGGGCCGAGACCCAGGGCCCGUGUAUAGACUGAGAGCUAUAUUACAGCACACCCAGGGCCUGUGUAUAGACUGAGAGCUGUAUUACAGCGCACCCAGGGCCUGUGUAUAGACUGAGAGCUAUAUUACAGCACACCCAGGGCCCGUGUAUAGACUGAGAGCUAUAUUACAGCGCACCCAGGCCCUGUGUAUAGACUGAGAGCUAUAUUACAGCACACCCAGGGCCUGUGUAUAGACUGAGAGCUAUAUUACAGCGCACCCAGGCCCUGUGUAUAGACUGAGAGCUAUAUUACAGCACACCCAGGCCCUGUGUAUAGACUGAGAGCUAUAUUACAGCACACCCAGGGCCUGUGUAUAGACUGAGAGCUAUAUUACAGCGCACCCAGGCCCUGUGUAUAAACUGAGAGCUAUAUUACAGCACACCCAGGCCCUGUGUAUAGACUGAGCGCUGUAUUACAGCACAACCAGGGCCCGUGUAUAGACUGAGAGCUAUAUUACAGCGCACCCAGGCCCUGUGUAUAAACUGAGAGCUAUAUUACAGCACACCCAGGCCCUGUGUAUAGACUGAGCGCUGUAUUACAGCACACCCAGGGCCCGUGUAUAGACUGAGAGCUAUAUUACAGCACACCCAGGCCCUGUGUAUAGACUGAGAGCUGUAUUACAGCACACCCAGGGCCCGUGUAUAGACUGAGAGCUGUAUUACAGCACACCCAGGCCCUGUGUAUAGACUGAGAGCUGUAUUACAGCACACCCAGGGCCCGUGUAUAGACUGAGAGCUGUAUUACAGAACACCCAGGGCCCGUGUAUAGACUGAGCGCUAUAUUACAGCACACCCAGGGCCUGUGUAUAGACUGAGAGCUAUAUUACAGCGCACCCAGGCCCUGUGUAUAGACUGAGCGCUAUAUUACAGCACACCCAGGCCCUGUGUAUAGACUGAGCGCUAUAUUACAGCACACCCAGGGCCUGUGUAUAGACUGAGAGCUGUAUUACAGCACACCCAGGGCCUGUGUAUAGACUGAGAGCUACAUUGCAGCACACCCAGGGCCUGUGUAUAGACUGAGAGCUAUAUUACAGCGCACCCAGGCCCUGUGUAUAGACUGAGAGCUAUAUUACAGCACACCCAGGCCCUGUGUAUAGACUGAGCGCUAUAUUACAGCACACCCAGGGCCUGUGUAUAGACUGAGAGCUACAUUGCAGCACACCCAGGGCCUGUGUAUAGACUGAGAGCUAUAUUACAGCGCACCCAGGCCCUGUGUAUAGACUGAGAGCUAUAUUACAGCACACCCAGGGCCUGUGUAUAGACUGAGAGCUAUAUUACAGCACACCCAGGCCCUGUGUAUAGACUGAGAGCUAUAUUACAGCAAACCCAGGCCCUGUGUAUAGACUGAGAGCUAUAUUACAGCGCACCCAGGCCCUGUGUAUAAACUGAGAGCUAUAUUACAGAACACCCAGGGCCCGUGUAUAGACUGAGCGCUAUAUUACAGCACACCCAGGGCCUGUGUAUAGACUGAGAGCUGUAUUACAGCACACCCAGGCCCUGUGUAUAAACUGAGAGCUGUAUUACAGCACACCCAGGGCCUGUGUAUAGACUGAGAGCUAUAUUACAGCACACCCAGGGCCUGUGUAUAGAUUGAGAGCUGUAUUACAGCACACCCAGGGCCCGUGUAUAGACUGAGAGCUGUAUUACAGCACACCCAGGGCCUGUGUAUAGACUGAGAGCUGUAUUACAGCACACCCAGGCCCUGUGUAUAGACUGAGAGCUGUAUUACAGCACACCCAGGCCCUGUGUAUAGACUGAGAGCUAUAUUACAGCACACCCAGGCCCUGUGUAUAGACUGAGAGCUAUAUUACAGCACACCCAGGGCCUGUGUAUAGACUGAGAGCUAUAUUACAGCACACCCAGGGCCUGUAAAAACAUUUAUUUAUUUUGUUAAUUAAAAAUGGUGACAAAUUGCAAAUAAUCCUAGUCUGUACUGCAGUGUUUUUCUUUUAAACCUAUGCACCCAUCAAUUUUUUUUUUAGAUAAAUUACUUUCCAGUUUUUUAUUUUAAGGGGAUACUCUUGGUGCCCACUUAUAUUAAGUGUAGGUUUAAGACUAGUUAGGUUGCUGCUGGUUAUUCUGGGUGUGGAUUUAACAAAAAACAUGAUCAUCAUGCAAUAUCCAUAUAAUGCAUUAUAGGGGCACUCUUAAAGGACAACUAUAGUGCCAGGAAAACAUACUUCUUUUUUUUUUUUUUUUUGGCACUAUAGUGCCCUGAGGGUGCCCCCACCCUCAGGGACACCCUCUCGCCGGGCUCUGGGGAGAGGAAGGGGUUAAACUUACCUCUUUCUCCAGCGCGGGGCAGGGAGUUCUCCUCCUCCUCCUCUCCGCCUUCUCUUCGGCUGAAUGCGCAUGCGUGGCAGGAGCUGUGUUCGCAUUCAGCCAGUCUCAUAGGAAAGCAUUUACAAUGCUUUCCUAUGGACGCUGGCGUCUUCUCACUGUGAUUUUUCAGUGAGAAGCACGCAAACGCCUCUAGCGGCUGUCGAGACAGCCACUAGAGACUGGCUGGAUUAACCCAUUUAUAAACAUAGCGGUUUCUCUGAAACUGCUAUGUUUUUAUAUAAAAAAAAGGGUUAAUCCUAGCGGGACCUGGCACCCAGACCACUUCAUUAAAGGACCACUAUAGUGCCAGGAAAACAUACUCGAUUUCCUGGCACUAUAGUGCCCUGAGGGUGCCCCCAUCCUCAAGGUCCCACUCCCGCCUGGCUCUGGAAAGGGGUUUAAACUUACCUUUUUCCAGCGCUGGGCGGAGAGCUCUCCUCCUUCUCUCCUCCUCCGUUCCGUCGGCUGAAUGCGCACGUGCGGCAAGAGCUGCGCGCGCAUUCAGCCGGUCACAUAGGAAAGCAUUCAUAAUGCUUUCCUAUGGACGCUGGCGUGCUCUCACUGUGAAAAUCACAGUGAGAAGCACGCAAGCGCCUCUAGUGGCUGUCAAUGAGACAGCCACUAGAGGCUUUGCGGGAAGGCUUAACCCAUUAAUAAACAUAGCAGUGUCUCUGAAACUGCUAUGUUUAUUAAAAAAUGGGUUAACCCUAGCUGGACCUGGCACCCAGACCACUUCAUUAAGCUGGAGUGGUCCUUUAAUUCGCUAAGAGCGUUCAGCUGACGCUCUCAACUAAUGAAUAGUGACUGGUUGGGCUUCUGCAGAAACCGGAAAUGCAUCACCGAAAGGAGAAAUUGCACUGGAGCCUGGUUGGACCCAAGAAAGAGGCAAACUGUUAGUAAACGGCUUGUCACGUUACCAGGGAACCGGCCAAGGCACUCCUGACAAUCUAAAAAGCGUUUAAAAAAAAAAAAAAAAAAACAUACAAGUAUAAUUUGAAUAAUAUUUUGUUAUACAUCUAUUUUUAAACUAGCGAAAGCUAAUAAUGUUCUAAAUAUGUUAUGUAUGUAUAUGCUUAAUCUGUCUUUUUCAUAAAGAGAUGAAGAUUCUCCAAAAGAAGAAAAACCCUCAUUGAAGGAAAAAUCUACCGGAAACAGAAAGGGUAGUAGAUUCCACCCAUAUGGCAAAGACAGACCGUCUGGCUCUGGAGACAAAAAGGGUCAAAGUCGUAAUAGAGUAUUCAUCAGUAAUAUCCCUUAUGACAUGAAGUGGCAAGCCAUCAAAGAUCUUAUGAGGGAAAAAGGUAAACCAUUGGUAGCAUUGCAAACAUGAGUUCAUCCAGGUUCCCUGUCAUUUACAUCUCUUCUAAGAAGUUGCUGCUUUCCUUUCCAAAAGCAUCAUUUGUAAUUUGACAUUAGUUAUGUAUUAACAUACCACUUUUUUUUUUUUUUUUUUUAAUAUGGAAAGUGUAUGCUUAGUACAAUUUACACUUGAAUAGUUAUGUAAUAUCUCCCCCACCCCCUUCGGUUGAGCUAAAUUUAAAACAUUUUAGUGUUUUAGUAAGCACACUUAAAUAACAAUGCUAAAACUUGACUUGUAUACAGAACUAUAGCAUGUUUAUUAUGUUUAUUUUUUUUGUAUCACCAGAAAGUCUGCUGCAAUUUUCAUUCAAAAUUUGAAUUGUGAAAUUUUGGCUUAGUAAGCCAUUUAAUUCCUACCCGUGAAACAAAUUACAGUGAAACUGGGGGGAAAGUAUGGUCUUUGCAAUUAUUUUUACUCAGGAAAUUGAUUAUGCUCAAAUUGAAUCAUCUGGUCUUAUGGUAGCUUCCUAAAAUGUAAUGUUUGUAAUAUCUGGUGUAUCUGUUGUAAGGUGACAUGACUAUUUGAUUGGUUUUAUUCACUGUAUUCCCUUGUUUGUAGCUUGCUGUGAAACACAUGACUUUGUAAAUUUGGAUUUUAAGGCAAUUUUACCAUUGAAGACAUUCAGGUAGAAGGUCACCUUAAAACAGCUGUUGUGAGUUGGAUGACAAACGCUAAAGUGAUAAUGUUGGCUGAGGGUCCAGUUUUGUAUCUGAAUUUGUUCACCAACUACAUCAUACUGGCCAAAUAUAACUUAUAGCAAUAAAGAGGUUACAAUCUGGUAGUUUGCAUUGCUUUUGAUAAUGUGGCUGCUUCACAUAUAUUCUGAAAAGUAGCUAAAUCAUGUAGCCAUAGACAGGUGGUAUGCUGGUCUGGGUUUGAUUGUUGGUGAAUAAUAGGUUAUUUUUGUAGUGUUGUGCACAGGGCACAGUAAAGAAAGCUACUGGUGUUUUAAAUGCAUUGUCUUUUGGUAUUUUCCCUUUGUAUGUCUUAUGUAGUUGGUGAGGUUACAUACGUGGAGCUCUUUAAGGAUGCUGAAGGAAAAUCAAGGGUAAGUGCCGUGGGCAACAACUUGCUUGAGGCGUAAAAGUCCCUCAGCAGUCUUCUGUAAUACCUGUACAAGUUAUUUUGGGAAAGUAAGUUUCAUUUUAUUAUACUGUAUUGCAGUAUGAAUGUUCCAGGGUUCUCAGUCGUUUAUUCUCAUCUCUAAAUUACAAGAGGUUGAAAGUGACUAACUGCAUUUUCAUUGUUUUCCAAACAUUUUGCUUGCUCAACUCUUGUGAGUUUGCUGCUAAAAGCUCAAUGCAGAAGGCUGUCAGGUUUUGAAUACUGGUUCAGUUUAAACUUGAUCUUUGCUAUAUUAAUAAAAAAAAAAAAUCACUUGCAAAUCUGACAGUAUUACUGGGAGUGUACUGAAUUUCCUUUUUUUGGACUAUAAAUGCCUGUUGUUGUUUGCAGGGCUGCUCAAAAGUCAGUGCUGUGAACGUUCUGAGUCCCAGAGCUAGUUUUUUAAACUGAUAUUGAUUAAGCUUUCAAAGGCUUACAGUCUAAUGAUGAGACAAGGGACAGACAUUUAGCAUGCGGAAAGGAAGAUAAUCUGUAUCCCAUUUCCUCUGUUUUCUGGAACUGAUCCAAAAUUUCAGCCAUGUGUUUGUAGAGGCUAAUACGAAGUUAUCUGAAUUUCCAUGUAACAUAAAAUUGCACAGAAAUUUUUAAUGUCCUGUAAAAUGAAAAGUAGUUGAAUUUGAGAGAAACCACAAAUGGUUUCCUACUUUUAUAUAAAUCAAAAAAAGAACAAAAAUAUUCAGCAGCAUUUCAUAUGCAAUUAGAUUUUGUUUUUAUUAAUCUUAACAUUUUACAUAUGUUGCUAAAAUAAAACUUCUGUUUUCUGGUGUAAUCUGUAAUUUGCAAACUAAUUUAUUCUUCCUUCUUUCUUUUUAUGUGGUCUAAUGGAUUUAGGGCUGUGGGUAAGUGUUUACUUUUUAUUAAAAAAAAAAAAAAAAAAUUAUUGUGAUUAUUUUAACGAUGUAAUACAUUGUCUUCAACUUGAAUUUUUUUUUUUUUUUAGUGUUGUGGAGUUCAAGGACAUGGAAUUUGUUACAAAAGCUCUAGAAGUAAUGAGUAAACAUGAUCUUAAUGGAAGACCCCUUAACAUUAAAGCGGUAAGAGCUUAGGAUGCCUUGAGUCUCUAGGUGAUGUUAUAUCCAUACAAAAAUGCAUAACUUUUUCCUUUUAAUAAUUUUUGCUUGGUAUUGAGGAGUAGAUUUUCUGUGACCAGGCCUUCCAAAGUUAAUCGUUUCUACUGUAUGUCUAUUCUGUUGUGCCAGUUAAUGAAUUAAAUUGCUGACAGGUCUGUAAAGUACAUAUCCCAUACAGCUCAUGCAGGACAAGUGUUAAUUGAAACUGGUUUAAGUGACACUCCAAGCCUCAUAUCCAGUACAGAUUACUGUGGUGUUUGAGCUGCUAUGAGUCUUUAGAUUUCAUUCCCCAGAAGUGUGUCAAACUGUUUUGAGGCAGUUUUACAAAAUGUGUCAUUCCUUUGCACCCAAAGCCCAGCACGUUGUGAGCAAAUUGUUUAAUUCACUUACGUAAAAAGGUGUCUGGAUACUGCUGCAACAACGUUAAAUGAGCUUCAGUUACUAUUAGGCUAAGUGUGUUCCUUCAGUUUUGGGAACCAAUUUACCCCUAUUGUUGUGUGUCUGUAUAUAAUAAACAGAGAUUAGGAUUCUUUAAAACGUUUUCCUUUAUUUUUGCAGGAUGCAGACGGAGAGCAUGCACGAAGAGCUUUGCAACGUGGAGGUGGGCCAUUCCCUAGUGGUCAUAAUUCUGAAAUGGGUCCUGGAAUCCUGAAUCUCCCACCUUCAAUACUCAAUAAUCCUAACAUACCCCCAGAAAUUAUCACUGCCUUAAGAGCAGGAAGACUGGGUACAACUGUGUUUGUUGCUAAUGUAAGUAUAACUAACCAAAAGGUUAUUUUAAAGUGUCACCACGAAUCAAAUCAAUGUAGUCUGGAAUAAUGUUUAUGUAUUGCCACUAUUUUAACCGCUCUAUGCAUCACACCACCUGCUCCCCGACUAGAACCACGUUUUAAAUGCAAUACAUAAUACACUCUGGGGGCCUAAGUAGUGGCCCUGUUUGUGUUAUUUUUUUUUUUUUUUCCUCCUUCUUCUCUUGGUAAACAGAGGAGCUCAAUAGAUGGAUUAAAAAAAAAAAAAAAUCUAUUUUAAUGUGAUAAAAUCCCAAGUGGAUCAUUGGGCUAAAUUUAGUCCAAUGAUCCACUUGGGAUUUUAUUACAAUAAAAUAGAUUUUUUUUUUUAUUUAUUUUUUUUAAAUCCAUCUAUUGAGCUCCUCUGUUUACCAAUAGAAGAAGAAAAAAAAAAAAAACAGAAGUAAUCAAAGAUACCAAAAUAUACAUUAGGAAAAAAGAUUGUCAAGGGACCUGUAUCUCCUCAUGAACAAGUUUACAAAGGUAAAGUUUUACAAUCUGCAAAGACAAGACCCAAACACACUCCUCUUCCAAUGCUUUGUCAAAGUGCCUUUUUUCAAGGAGAAUUACUUGAGAAUAUAUGAAUGUUGGAAUAGUGAAACAUGACCUUGGAUAACAUUCCUAUAAGGAAACGUGUAUGUUUUUGGUGUCUUAUGUUCUUUUAUUUUUUAGCUUGACUUUAAAGUUGGUUGGAAGAAAUUGAAAGAGGUAUUCAGCAUUGCAGGAGCUGUAAAGCGAGCAGAUAUCAAGGAGGAUAAAGAUGGCAAAAGCCGUGGAAUGGGAACAGUUACCUUUGAACAGUCACUUGAAGCAGUACAAGCGAUUUGUAUCCUUUGUUUUAUAAAAAAAAAAAAAAUGUAAAAUGCACUGUAGCUGUUUGUGGAAUUUCUUUAUUAUAUUUGGGUACUUUGUUUACACUAUAGUCACAAAACAACUUUAGCUUAAUGAAGCAGGUUUAGUAUAUAGAUCAUGCCUCUGACAUUUUACAGCUCAGUUCUCUGCCAUUUAGGAGGGGGAAAAAAUGGUUUCACUUUCAAUAUGAUGCAACUUACCUUAAAAGUGUUCAUCUCCUGGUCUGUAAAAUGAACCUUAAUUACAUACAGGAGGUUCCUGCAUGAGUCUAGCAAGCUACUAACAGCGCAGGAGAUAAAUUAUACAUUUUAAAGGAAUCUGCAAUAGCGGAUGUAUAAUAAUUACAUUGCAAAAGUGAUGAUAGGAGCCGCACUCAAUCCCAGCAGCCAUCCGCUGCUUUAGAGCAGGGCCAGCAAUCCCACAACGAUAAGGUAACACAAAUUUUUUUUUUUUCAGGCACUCAAGGUGUUCAAGCUGCAUGCAGUUUUAAUGGAACAGGAGCAGCAACAUUUCAACCUCCUAAGAGGUCUUUGCCAAGCUUGACAAAGAACUAUUAGCAGGUCCAAAUGUUGCUGCUCCUUUUGUUCUAUUAAAACUGCCUGCGCUUGAACACCUUGAGUGCCUGGAAAAUUUCUUGUAUAAACAUUAGAUGACCCUUUACAGGAAGUGGUUUUAGGAAGACUGUGUAUGUCUCACAUGCAGGGAGGUGUAACAAAGUGAUUUUACUCCUAAAUGGUAUAGAAUUGAGCAGUGAGACUGCAGGGGCAUGAUCUAUGCACCAAAACUGAUUCAUUACGCUAAAAUUGUUUUGGUAACUAUAUUAAAUACAAGAUGUAGGAAUACAUAGUUUGCAAGCCUUUUGCUCUUAUGCAGUCUCUAAUGUUACAUUUAUUAUGGAUAAACCCUUUCUGUUGUGAAUUAGCAUAGCUGGUUAUGUCUCUCUGCAGACUGCAUUGUUCCUUAACCAGCUUGCACCCAGCUAUGUUCAAUGGACAGUUUUUGUUUGACAGACCUAUGCACGUGAAAAUGGUAAGUAGCAUAUGACACACAGAUCUUGGCUCCAUGACUCCCUCUUAACCAUUUUAUUUAGUCUUUUUUUUUUUAUUAUUUUUUUUUAACCAGGAUGAUAAAUCAAUCCCUCACGAUGACUUUCAUGCAAUGGAAAAUAAAGCACCUCAGCUACCUCGUAAGUAGUUAAAAAAAAAAAAAAAAAAAAGCGACCUGCUGCUGGUAUGAGUUGGUAUGGCUAAACAGUGUAAUUUCUGCCUUGGUCAUGCCAGUGGGUUCAAGGCUGUGUACAACUAGGGAAGUUCAGUUAAUGUUAAGCUGCUCAAAAACAGAUUUGGCACUGAAUGGUGGGACAGCACCAGAGGACUUUAGGCACUAUAACCAAUUCAAUAACUUAUAAUGGUAGUUAUAUCUAGAAGAGAUUUUUUCAGUGUGUAGCUAAAACCCAAAACAAAAUACUGAUCCAUUUCAAUGUCUUCUGUUGGGAGAAUUCCCACCCUCAAAUUCACAGGUAUGGAGCUUUAUCUAUAAUCUGUGCUCUAAGUUGGUUAAAACACUCUAGUCACCAGAAUAACGACAGCUUAAGUAGGUGUCUGGUGAGUAUAGUCAAUCCCUGCAGGCCUUUUUGCUGCAAACACUCUUUUCAGAGAAAAGGCAGUGUUUACAUUAGUCUAGACUAUUUUAUUUAUCUGGUUGCUGCGCCCGGAGCCUCGUGUAGCCGCGCCCCCUAUUUCGUCAAAAUGACGAAAUAGGCGGGCGCGAGCAGGGAGCAAUCAGACACUUCCAUUUGAAAGCAUCAUUGCUCCCUCCUCAGAAGGUUACUAGAGAUGCUUUCUGGGGCAGUGCAGCACUGACUUCCAGUGUCUCCACCCUCUGCAUGGAGACACUGAACUUUCCUCAUAGAGAUGCAUUAAUUCAUUGCUACUCUAUGUGGAGAUAGUGAAUGUCCAGUCUGCUGGUGCUGGCUCUCCCCCCACUUCGCCUCCUUGGCUGAGCCCAUCAGAACUGACCAUCUCAGCCAACCCAAUGCUUUUCUAUGGGAAAGCAUUGUGAUCGGCUGAAAAAUGUCUGUCUGGUAAGCAUUCAGAUCGGGAGCAGAGCCGUCAUUAGCAGACUGGCAUAAAGGUAAGAUAUUUUACUAUACCCAAGAGGCGUGGGGUGAGGAGGGGUGCGCUAGAUGUUUGUGUUACUGACUCUGUAGUGUUUAACGUUGUUUCUCGGAUUUAAAAUGUCUGACCACCAGGGCCAUAUAUGUACACAUUGUAAGAGCUAUCCUUAUAAUCCAACAUAGUCCGAGUUAAUUGACUAAUUUUGUAUUUCCUGCUCGGUAGGGAGUGUCUAAAAAGUACCCUAUUAAUAACAUUGUUACGAUGUGAACAGUUUAGGCAAGGGAAUGUGCCAUUCUUAGGCUCAGAAUAAUCAAAUCUCACCAAUGUGCAUACAGUAUCUUGUUAAACUGUUUAGAUGUUUUGCUUUACAGAACAACCGUACAUGUGUAAAUUACUGCUUUAUCAACAGGUGGUCUUGGUGGUAUUGGCAUGGGUCUAGGACCAGGUGGACAACCAAUCAGCACAACUCAGAUUGGCAUGGGUAACAUGGGUCCUGGAGGCAAGUAUAAGUAAAUUCCAUAUACUCAGUGUUUGGUUAUCCAAGGAAACAAACUUGUUUUGGAAAUGGAGAUGAAAAACUGCUUAACUUUUUUUUUUUUAAAUAUAUAUUUUAAAGGUAUGGGUAUGGAUGGUCCAGGCUUUGCUGGAAUGAAUAGAAUGGGAGGUGAGUUUCACAUUAAAAUUUACUUGUUUGUUUUAUUUGGCUAUCUGUAGUGUGAACACUUAAAAACUAAUAUUGGUUUGUUUUUCUAUAUUAGCAAGUGGAUUUGGUGGAAUGGAAGGAAUUAAUAACAUGGCAGGAUUUAGUGGCAUGAGCAGAAUGGCAGGUAUGGAUUGAGUCUAUUUAUAAAGCACUAAAUCAGAUGGCUUUCAUUGCUACGUUUAUUUAUACCUGUUUUGGUUUAGCAAGAGGGAAAAACCUAUCUGCCAGACAUUAGUAAUGUGACUUAAUUCAUACUAUUUUAAGAUCUAGAGAUCCUUCAAAAAGUACCAGGAGGUAAAAAAAAAACUUAGUUGGAUACAAAAUAACAAAUCAAAAAUCUUGCUGAUCCAUCAGAUUAACUUCAUACUUAGACUCUGGCCUGCAGUAAAUUUUAUGUUGGGUUACUUCCUCACCCCCUCUUUUACAAAUUUUAUUCCUUCUGUGUAGGAAUGGGUGGUGUGGAUGACUUCAGAGGCAGUUUAGGCUCUGGCAUGAGUGGAAGCAUGGCAAGCAGCAUGGCGGGCAUGGGAAGCAUGGCAAGCGGCAUGGGAGGUAAGCUGGCUGUAUGAAAAUACAUGACAUUUGCAUUUAAUACUAUUUUAACUUUUUUCUUUUAAUAAAGAAUAUAUUUUAUUUCCUAGACAUGUACCGAGGAGGAAUGGGAGGCAGCAUGGACAGAGAUUUUGGUCGCAGUGAUAUAGGCUUGAGUCGUGGAUUUGGGGAUUCGUUUGGAGGAAUGAGUACGAUAUUUUUUUUUUUUUUUUUUUUGUAUUCUAGGGUAUGGAAUGGGGACUUCUUACAACCACCAAUAUUUAGUUUGGUGUUGACUAGCUAUAAGCCUGGUUCAUCUGUCUAGGCAAAGCUUCAAAUGUAUCAAGGCCAGGUUAUUUUCUUUUUUCCUCCCCAUAAUUGUUUUAAGGUCCAAUGAUAUCUUUAUAUAUUUUUUCAGUUUACAUGAAUCUUGCAGUUUGUCUUAUUUGUGGGGAAAACAUAAACGCAAACGGUUUCACUUUCGUAAGCUGUUUGCAUGAGUGAUUCACUGACAAUCUCCACAAAAUUAGUAAUAUCCCCUUGCUUUCAGACCGAAAACUGUUAAAGUAAAAAUUUAAUUUUAAAAUAUUUUAUUACAUCAAUUACAUGUGUAGUUAAUCGGUGUCAAAUAAAAAUCUAAAAUUCUAAAGUAGCAGUCUAGGCACAAUUACCUCUACAUGCUGAUGCAGUGUUCAGUGGUUCCUACGACACAUCACAUAAUAUCUCUCUAAAAGUUUCACUUUUUAAUUAGAUAAAAAUAUCAUCUAUUUAUUUUAUUUUAUUUUUUUUAUGAAAAUGUCCUUUAUAAAAAAAUAAUAAUAGAUAAGACAUAAUAAAGAUGUAUUGAUGUCAUGGAAUUAUUCUGCAUUGUGACCAAUUUUAUUUUAUUUAUUUUUUUUUACUUCUGUGCACAGGUGGUGCCAUGGUAGGCAGUUUUGGAGGAAUGAGUUCUUCUGCAAUGGGUCCCCUAGGCUCUGGAAUGAGUAGGUUUAUUUUAAUUCUUUUUUUUUUUUUUUUUGUUCUCCAAAAUAUAUUCAUGCUAAAGCUAUAAUUAUUUAAACACUUCUCCCCUCCCCCUCUUUUCUUAGGCAGUGGCAUGGGUGCAGUAAAUAGUAUGGGUAUGGGUCUUGGCAUGGACAGAAUGAACACAAACUUUGACCGAAUUGGAGGUGGCUUGGACAGGAAUAUGGACAUGGACAGAGGAUUUGGAGGAUUUGGCUCUUCUCAGUUAGGAAGUGGUUUAAGAGAUCGGGGAAACAAAGGAUGUCAAAUAUUUGUGCGAAAUGUAAGUUGUUCAAUUCUUGAAAUCUGUGUUGCAAUCCAACUUUGAAAAUGUUGUUAAAAAUAUCUAUUCUCUUGUUCCAGCUACCAUUUGACUUGACUUGGCAAAAAUUGAAAGAGAAAUUUAAUCAGUGCGGUAAGUAUUUAUUCUACAUUACACUCAGUGAGUGUUAAUGGCGGUACUUCAUAGUUUAGUGGAAAUAUACAUUGACCUAUACAUUUCACAUAUUUUGUGAAAAUGACAGUCCAUUAAAAUGCUUGUAGGAUUAUAUAUAAAGGGUGGGAGGAUGUAAUACCCUUUAUUUUUUUAAACGUUCUAGAAGUUGGGUAAUGGCAAAGCCCUCCCAGACCUGGAAUAAGCUCCAUAAAUCGUGAGCUUGUAGGUCUGGUGUAUUUUUGGUAGCAGCCUAUGAAAUAGAUAUAUAGAUCUAUUUAUAUUAUUUCUCAUAAGCCCCUACCUAAGAAAACUAAUAAAAAAAAAAAAAAAAUUAUAUAUAUAUAUAUAUAUAUAUAUAUAUAUAUAUAUAUAUAUAAUUUUUUUUUUUCUCUCUCUCUCUCAUUACAUAGGGUGAGUAGAAUUGCUAAAAAAAACUGCUUUUAGUUGGUCCUCAAGUUGUGUGCAUUGAUCUGCUGCAUGCGCAGAGUUUAGUGGAGUAUGUGCGCACGCAUGCAUUCUAUAGACACAUCUUGGAGAGAAAAGGACGAAGUAAAAAUCCUGCAUGACAUGACUAAUGUAAGGGGCAGGUUUAUAGCUGCAGCAAUGCAUUUAUUUAUUUUUCUUCAAAUAUGUGUUGUAAGUGUGUGCAGAAAAUAAGGCACCCUGUCCUCUCCAAAAAAUUUAAUUGUUAUGGUGCUUAGUAUGGUUCUUUAAAGGGACUCUUCAGCCAGACUAUUUUACUUACCUGGUUCCUGCGCCGGGCGCCUCGUGUAGCCGUGCCCCCUAUUUAGUCAAAAUGACGAAAUAGGUGGGCACGAGCAGGGAGCAAUCAGACGCUUCCAUUUGAAAGAAUCAUUGCUCCCUUGUGCGCAUGCAUUUAUUGCGCCCUAUGAAGUCCUGAGCGCACUACCGCGUGUGCGCGGUCGCGAGCUGACUGACAGCUCAGCUCGCGGUCUUUGCCUGCACCGUCUCUUCUGCUGACAGGCAGGAGAGAGAAGGCACACGCACAGUGCCUUCCCUCUCCAGCACACGUCUGACGUGUACAAGGCCUUUUUAGGGCCCUACAUGAUAGGAAGUCCCUCUGCUGGCCGUCUGAGUGACGGCCACUGGAGGUAUUCCUAUCAAUCAAUGUAAACACUAUUUUUUUUUUAUUUUUUUUUUAAAAUACAGUGUUUACAUUAGAUUGCCUGCAGGGAGCUAUAGAUCUCACCUGAACAAAUACAAUAAGCUGUAGUUGUUCAGGUGACGAUAGUGUCCCUUUAACAUAUCUAGAGUAUUCUAAGAGCAGCUCAAUUCCAUGACUGUCCUGCAGGGUUACCUUAUCCAUGAUUAUAACAUUUGCUCUUUUAGAGUUGUGCUUGUACUGAACAAGCACAACUCUAAAAGAGCAAAUGUUAUAAUGCCAUGAGAUUACAUCUGCACUUUAUUUUAACUCUUUCUUUUUAUGUAUGUGUCAUCUGUGAAGUUACAUACCUUUUUUCCUUUAUUUCAGGUCGUGUAGUUUUCGCAGAGAUAAAAAUGGAAAAUGGAAAAUCUAAAGGCUGUGGAACUGUACGAUUUGACUCUCCAGAAACUGCAGAAAAGGCCUGCAGAUUAAUGAAUGGCAGCAAAAUAAAUGGCAGAGAAAUUGAUGUCCGCUUAGAUCGUAACGCAUAAUUUCUUGUUUUUGUCCAAUGACAUUCCCAUAUUUGUUUAGUCUUUUUGGUAAAGAAAUUUUUAGUAACCGUGAGUUAGAGCUGUAAAGGUUGGUUUUAGUCUUUAAGCCUUUACCUAGUGUGGUGUUAAACAUGUAAUUUUGUUAUGGCUGCUUUUCCUUUCUCUUUAUUUUUUAUUUUUAUUUUUUUAAACACCAUGUCUUAGUCAUUCAGUUUAAAUGAAUGGACAUACUGUUUUUAAUAAAGCCAUUUCACACAGCUAGUUUUGAAAGUCUGCCUUGUGGGGUUUUAGUGCUGUAUUUUAUUUUUGUUAUAAAACUGUAACAAUUGUGUGGCUUCACCACAGCUCCACUUCUACAAAAAAAUGUAAGAAUAAAUGAACUCUGAACGGUUGAAAAUAAUUGGCA